AUGCUAAAGAUGAAAACAAAGAUGCUAGAGAUGUUGAAGAAGUUGGACCAACUUUGUAUUGAAUCUCAUCGACUGACUUUCAUCCAUGUUGCUAACCUAGAUGAGAUUCAAUAUAGAGUGGAAAAACUUGCAGAUACAAGGGGUUUUGACUGUAAAGUGGAUGCUACCGCUGACCGUUUAGCAAUUAAGAUAAAUUCUGCAGUUGAGACAACUUAGAAUCGACAUUGAGUUUGAAGUUGUUAUUUUGGACAAUGAUACGAAAAUUGAAGACACAAAGUAAAAGAUUUUAAUAAAAAUGACUAUUGUGGUGAUUUUGACCUUUUUUGUAUUGUUUUGAUCAUCCGUAC